CCACAGUCAGCACACACACUCGGAGCAUGAACCGCUCAGCUGAGCUGUCUUCUUUAGAGGAAAUGGCCCCUGAGGAGUUCGAUGGAGGAACAGUUGUGGUUUGUGUGAUCCUGGGUCUCGCCUUCCUGCUCGGAGCCCCUGGAAACCUGCUGGUGAUCUGGACCAUCCUGAGGCACGUCAAGCAGCGCUCCCACACCGUGAUGCUCAUCCUGCACCUGGCGGCCGCAGACCUGCUGGUGCUCAUCACCCUGCCGCUGUGGAUCUACUCCCUGGCCCGCUCCUGGGUGUUUGGAGAGCCUUGCUGCAAAGCUAUGGUCUUUAUGAUCAACGCCUGUAUGUACAGCAGCGUUUUCCUCAUCACCCUCAUGAGCGUGGAGCGUUUCGUGGCUGUGCGAUAUCCCUUCGCCUCAGCGGAGUGGAAGAGGAAAAAGGCUUUAAAUAAACUCCUGCUGGCCCUGUGGACUGCGGCCUUCCUCUUCAGCAUUCCCGUCAUCCUCACUCAGGUUGUUGAUCAGAAAGACGGUGAAGAGCACUGCCUGUACCGCCUGUAUACUUCGCCCACCCAAGAACUGGUGUGUGUGCUGCUUGAGACGCUGGUGGGCUACGUGCUGCCCUUCGCCAUCCUCGUGGUCUGCUACGGCUGCCUGUGCAGCAGGAUUACUCAGAUGACCUUCAAGUCGAAGCGCAAGUCCACCGUCCUGAUCGCCAGCGUGGUGAUUGCGUUCGCUAUCUGCUGGACACCUCAUCACAUCGGCAACAUCCUCUCACUCAUCGUCCUGGCCACUGACAGCUCACUCAGUGACACCGCAGAAAGCCUGGAAGGCGUCAGGAGUACCAUGGCCUUAAUCGCCGGAGCCAUGGUCUUCAUCAGCAGCACCAUCAACCCCAUCCUCUACAUGUUCGCCGCCCGCUCCUUCAGGAGCUCCCUGAGAGACACGGGCAUCCAGAAGCUCUUCCGCCACAUCUCCAGCACCUCCCCAGGUGAGGGCAACAGAGAGGUGUCCUUCGUCUCCAAGAGACACAGCAAUCAGACCAACAGCUCUCACUGUGUGUCCGAGUCCAAAGACCAGAUGAACAUACUGAUCAAAAUGUGUGAAAACAGUCCCUCCUGACAGCGGACACUGUUUGUGCUGUUCACACCUGUGCAGAUACUUUGGGGUAUUUUUUUUUUCCCCAAAAAAAGAGGAAAUGAAGAAAAGUGAAACUAAUUUGAAGAGAAAUUACUGCAAUAUCUGAGGUUUUUCUGUGCAAUGCCUGUGCAACUUUGUAAAUUUCCAAUAUUUUACAUGCUUUUUUAAAAAAAAAUGUGAAUAUAUUUAUACAAAAGUUCUAUAAUAUCUUGUAUCUCCUUCAGUAUUCUUCACUUACAUCAUUUGGUAUUUUGAGAUGGAAUAAAAAUAAGUUUUUCCAAUGUAAAGUUUAUAAUAAAAGUGUUUUGUUUCUUUCAUUUAUCAAAGCCGACAGCAAAGACUUGUUUAGAUGACAAUAUGGAGCUUUAGAGUGUGAGAAUGCUAUCAGACAGAGACGAUUUAGGAUACUUCUCGUUUUUUAGUUUUGGCACACACACACACACACACACACACACACACACACACACACACACACACACACACACACACAUUUGUCUCAAAGUU